CUACCUCCAUUCAGUGGAAAAAACGUUCAGUAGCUCGCUCUCUCUCAUGUCAUUGCUCUUCAUCACUGACUUGGAGGCAUGUCCUGUAAAAGUGUUUGCAAAUUCACAUUUAAUAGCCAUCUGAUGAGAGAUAACAGUGAUAGCGGGGGUUACUACAAAGUUAUGUGUGCUUGAACAUGUCACAAACAGGAAAAAUAUUUUUAAAAACCCACAAAAAUAGACAGAACACAUGAAGCAUUAAUUUGUAUAGCGGCCACAGUUUAGUAUUGAAUUGCUGGGUUAAUUUGAGAAACAAAUGAACAUGGGUUCCUCUCAGGGGCUGGUCUUAACUUAAAUGUCAUUUCCUGAAAAUGUGUUUUUGACAACUUUUGCGAUCAGAAGGUUUUGCAAUAAGCAAGAAAAUUUGCAAAGAGAGAUCCUCUGAGAGAAAGAUGAUGUCUUCCUCACUGCUGGGACUCUGUCUCCUGUCUCUUAUAUGGGCAACAGCUGGAGUUCAGUCAUCUGAUCAUUUGGUGCUCUUUGCCUUACCUAGAGACAGUGUUACUUUGCCAUGUGGCAUUCCCCCUGUUAGAUCCUGCUCCUCUAUUAGCUGGAACAUGACUGGAGAGUUUGGUUCAGUUACUGAGGUGGUGAAGGCUGGAAGAGUGACAGCUCCAAACCUUCACAGGCUCGGCCUGCUAAAGGACUGCUCUCUGGAGAUUCAUCGCCCUGUACUCAAUGAUGCACGAUUUUACUCUUGUUACAGUGGAGCACUCAGUUCGGGUGUUUCCCUCCAGAGUCUUGAACGUAAUUACUGAGAGCUCAACUCCUGUGGAGGGCACAAUAGAGCUUCAUUGUUUCCUCAAUAGAUAUAAAGGACACGUUGGCUGUAACAACACACAGAUACAUAUCAAGUGGAGUACAGAGGAUAAUACACCAAUAAACGGAAAUAGAUUUCGCUUUGAAAACCCCUCUGAAUGCUUCUCUAAACUGAUCAUCAAUAAAAAACCGACUGACCAUCGCAGAAAAUGGAAAUGCCAACUCACUCAGAAUAAUGUGAUUAAAGCCACCGUCAGUUAUACAACAAUAGUAACAGAUGGCGUAGAGGAAGUGUUUGCUUCAGCGGGUGAGUCAGUGUCACUCUCUUGUGGCAACAAUGCCUCUCGUGGUGUCAGCGGCGGCAUAAAGUGGACUGUGGGUGGAAGAACACUAACAGAUGAUACCUCACCAAAAAAUGGCCAGUCAGAGGCCUUUCAUGUUACUGAAGACUCAUCACUGUUCAUUAGUAAAGUGAGGGCUCUGAAUGCUGGAGAAUACCGGUGUUCAGAGUCCACUGAUCAGAAAAAAGCGUUGAACAAAAUCAGACUGCACACCCUCGACGUUACUUCACAGUGUGGGCCAGGAGGAGUGAAUCUCACCUUGACUUGUGUGCUUGCCUGCACUAAACAAUGUGAAAAAGACUUCACUUUAACUUGGUCUGGAAGUAACCAAAAUAGCUGGCAGAGCGGUUUAAUGAAUGAUAGUAACACUCUUACAAACAAGCUUUUUCUCCCAGUUUGUUCAAUGAGAUCGGAGGAUAUAACCUGCUCUGUGCAAAGAGAGGGUGCUGUGAUGGCAUCGAAGACGUGGCGCUCUGUUAACUCUUUGCAAACACCUGCAUGGCUAGCACUUCCUCUAGGCCUCCUGAUAUGCGUAGCUGCUGGAGGACUCUACGUGUACAUGAAGAGGAAAAGCAAAAAGGCUGCAGCAAAUGAACAGUCAAGUAUUGGAAUGACUCAUGUUUAUGAGGUCAUUCAGGAUGUAAAUAAUGAGGAACUACAACAGCAAAGAGAAUCUGACAGAGAAUCAGCCACCACCACCGUCAGCUUCUAUGACUUAUUACAAGCUGUUAACUAGAGCUAAAU